CAUCUCCUCUAUAAGAACCCAAGAAAACUAAAAGAGGGGAAGGUAAACAACUAAACGUCAUCUCACUUCAAUUCUUCAUUAUUAGUUCUUUUGUGGUGCAAUAAAGUUUGCAUGAUUCAUGGUGAAAGGAACAAAAAUAAUGACCAUGCAAUUUCAUGGCGGAAGAGUUGCGGUGGUGGUGGCAAUCUCAUUGAUAUUGUUGACAUUGUUUUUUAUAAUUCUUGAUUCUCCGGCGAUUGGGGACCAUAUGGUUCAACUGUCUAACAGCGAGGAGGAGGUGCACAUGGCUGGUUAUGGAGAAGAGAAAAUUUCUAUUGUUCUCAUUGAUGGCGUGGUUCUCUGUAAUUCUUGUGGUGGCGAUAAAAACCGAGAGACUCGUAACAGACUCCGGCGGCAUCUACCGCGUCCCGUCUCAGGUGCUUUUGUCAGUGUAUUUUGCGGUGGGCUAAAGGAAGAAUCAUGGGCGACAAAUAUCACAAAUGAAUAUGGAGAGUUUGUCAUAGAUCUUCCCUCGGAGUUCCAUGCAAUGCCAGAAUUAGAAAAGAUGUGCUUGGUUAAGGUUAUUCGUUUGCCACAAGAUUCAGUUUGCCACAAUCCAUCUUUUGUAGAAAAACAUAAAAACAUCAAGCUUGCCACCAUACAUGAUAUUGGUUUCCGCCGCUACACCACACAUAACAUACAUAUGAGUGAUAAAUCAUGCAAAUAGAACACCAUAGCACAUGAGUAUUUGUUUUAGUAUGCAUAUGUAGAUAUAAGUAUAUACACACAUAUACAUAGCAAUAUUGUGCGUGUGCGUAAACUAGUACAUACAUAGAUGAAAAAUGUAGUGCAAUAAUUUCACACACUAAAAUGUGGAUGCAUUUGUUAAUUUCGAUUCAUACACAUUAUUUAAGCCUAAUUGUGUUAUAAC